CAAUCUCACCGCUCAGCACGAGAAGAAGUGGGAAGAGAACAAGGCGGAGCUUGCCACGCUGGAGGCGGAGGCGGUCCGCGUGGCCAUGAAACACAAGGUGGAACCGCGGAUGCUCGCGCACGACCUGCUCACCCUCGACAAGCGGACAGCAUUAUGCGGCCUGGCCUUGGAGGAGCUGCAGGAGUGCGACGGCUUGCAUGUCAUGGCCGCCUCCGCGGGCCUGGGCUACUUCAAGCUGGUGGACGACCUGUGGUCGCACGGUCGUGGCCACUUUGCCAUGGUGUUGGCCGGCCAGGUGAUCGCCAAGACGGCGGCGGAGUGGAACCAGAAGCGAGACGAGUUCGCCUUCCUGCUCGCGCCCGCGGUGGAGGGCGGCGCCGCCCAGGCAGCCGCGGGGGGGCUGAGCGAGGAGAUCCGCGGCAAGGUGACCGAGUGCGCGAGGAAGCACUUUAGCUUCGCCGCGCUGCCAGACGGGAGGGCGGACGAGGAGCGCGCCGGCGCCCAGAUCCAUGCCGAGGGGCCCGCGAUCUCCAUCGGCGUUUCCAGCGCGCUCCAUCGGAGCGGGUCGGACAAAGUCGCGCUCCACCCGGGGUGCCUCCAGGCGGACGCGGCCCUGGAGAACGCGAAGCACGAGUCCAAGGAAGGCGAGGACCCCGGCGGCGGCAUCAUCUUCGCGGACGACCUGCUGCAGCCCACGGUCCGCGAGGCGGCCGCUGCCGCGAAGGUGUUUCAGGACAUGCGCGCCGCGCCCGACGCGCACGGCGAGGCGGCCGUCGCGCUGCAGAGCCUGGCCGUCGACGCCGACAACAAGAGGAGGGCCGCGGCCGUGCUAGGGGCGUUCGAGGGCCUGGAGCGGCCCCUGGGCGCCGCGGCGCCCGCGGCGCAGGGGGAGGCCGGCGAGCUGAAAAACCUCCAGAACGGGGCCAGCGCGCUGCAGAACCUGGCCGUCGACGCCGGCAACCGCAGGAGCGGCCCCUGCCUGGCCGCCGACGCCGACAACCAGAGUGGGAUCGCGGCCGCGCUGGGGGCGCUCGGGGGCCUGGCGCGGCUCCCGGGCGCCAGGGCGCCCGCGGCGCAGGAGAAGGCGGCCGCGGAGCCUGCCCGCCGACGCGCGCUGGGGGCGCUCGGGGGCCUGGUGCGGCUCCUGGGCGCCGGGGCGCCCAUGGCGCAGAAGCACGCGGCCGGCGCGCUGCGGGCUCGUGGCCAGCGACGCCGACAAUAAGAGGGCGUUGAGGCGGCCCGCGGGGCCCGCGGACCGCCUUGCGCUCCGCAGCGGGCCGGGCGCGCUUCUGAGGUGAGCGUGGGGGGGCCCCGGCCGGGGGGCCCAGCCGAGCCGGAUCCCUCUCCGACGAAAGUCGUUG